CCCCGUCACGCCCCCUACUCUAGGCAACACAGGAGGCGACGACAACACAGGAGGCUGUGGGGGCGGACACGGUAACCAGCACUUUCCAGCCAGCAAGAGCUGCCCUUAAGAAAUACCUAUAGCUUUCCGCCCGCGAAGACCCUUCCCCUCAGAGAGGCGGAGAAAGGCCCGCCCAGCGCCUAUGCCAAUUCCCCGCCGCCACCUCGGCUUUCCAAAUUGCCCCGAUGAGCGGGGACGCUUCCCAUGGUACCAGAGGCGGGCGACAGGGCCCGGCGCUGCCCCUGGGAGCGGUGCCACGCGUGCGCACUGAACAGAGGUGUGGGCGGCUGCGCGUCGGCAGGGAGGGCCGUGUCCAAUCGAUUUGAAGAACAGAAGCAUGCUUUCCAUUGAGACUUACACCACCAUUUGUGAUACAGAAUGUCUCUAAGUGAGAAGAACAGUGUGGUUUUUGCAUAUGAAUCUUCAGUACACAGUGCCAAUGUACUUCUCAGUCUUGAUGAUCAGAGAAAGCAAGAUAUUCUUUGUGAUGUUACUAUUUUAGUGGAAGAUCAGCGAUUUCGGGCUCACAAAGCCGUUCUUGCAGCUUGCAGCAGUUACUUCCUUUCAAGAAUUGUGGGCCAGGUGGAUGCUGAUCUUAUCAUCACUUUACCAGAAGAGGUAACCCUGAAAGGAUUUAGUCCUUUGCUUCAGUUUGCAUACACUGCUAAACUUAUUUUAAAUAAAGACAAUGUGUCUGAAGUUUGCAAAUGUGCUGAAUUUUUGGGUGUGCACAACAUCGAAGAGUCUUGCUUUCAGUUUCUCAAAUUCAAAUUUUUGGACUUCAAAUUGGAUCAGCAGGAAUAUCCUAGAAAGAAGUGUUGCACAAAGCGGUGUCAGAAAACAGCCCCUAAAACUGCCAAUGUGAGUGAUGGAGACCUAGAAAUAGAUGAUGAAGCAGAACUUUUGGAAAAGGAAUAUAUUCAAAUUCCUGACACAAAGCUCUGUAAAGAUGAAGAAAAUCCUAAGGCAUCACCUGCCCUUCAGGAUAACGUCACUCAAGCAUGUGAUCUUGUACAUUUAGAAAGGGGUGGUGUUUCCAGCUUAUCUUCCCAAUGCCCAAAGUAUAGGAAAUUCCAGAAAGCUUUUGGAAAUGACAAAGUUCAUACUUCCGAGUCCAGUUACAGUAUUAAAGACAUUCAGGUGCCACCAAUUGCAGCUUUUUCUGAGAAGGAAAUAACCGAUAAUGAUUGCAUACAAAAAGCUCAGGAAUGUGUACCUAUGCAGCUGGUCUCAAAAUGUGAAGAGACUCAGGUGAAAAUGGAAGAAGGGGAGGAAGGCAUUGAAAAAAAAGAAGAGUCGAGGAGAGAUUCUGUGACUCAGAAUGUGUGUUGUCCUGUGGAGAAAAUGGAUCUUGCUACCCUCCCUCCAAACUCUGCUGCACCUCAUGGACUCAGUUCUGUGUCUUUUUUAAAUACUUGUGAACAAUAUGGUAACUUGAAUUUCAGUAGUAUGCAAAAUAACACAAUCUUGGCUGAAAAAGUUGUAUCGGGUACUGGAGUCGGGAAUGACAAAAUUGAAAGUCAAGACAACGCCCCUUCAAAGGUCGAUUUGUGUGCUAGGGAAGCCACUAACAUUACUUCGGCUGGUGAUCGAAGCAGUGUGGAGAGAGAGGUAGCAGAACAUCUAGCAAAAGGGUUCUGGAGUGAUAUUUACAGCACAGAAGCCUGCCAGAUACGUUUACCGCCUGCAGUUUCAAAGGAGUGUUUGGAGCCAGUAUAUUCGGGGAAAAAAUCGGAGUGUCCGUGGCUGGGUAUCAGGAUCAGUGAAAGCCCUGAACCUUGCCCUCAGCGAACUUUUACGACAUUGAGUUCUGUCAACUGCCCCUUUAUAAGCAACCUUGGUACUGAAGGAUGCUCCAACAACUCUGAAAUAAGCAGUGGAGAUUAUGUUCAGGGACCACCACAAGAGCCGUGUCCCUACAAUUAUGUAGUAAGCCUGGGAGAGGAUUCAGAAACUGACACCGAGGGAGACAGUGAAUCCUGUUCAGCGAGAGAACAGGAAUGUGAGGUAAAACUGCCAUUUAAUGCACAAAGGAUUAUCUCACUUUCCAGAAACGAUUUCCAGUCGUUUCUGAAAAUGCAUAAAUUAACCCCUGAACAAUUAGACUGCAUUCAUGAUAUCCGAAGACGAAGUAAAAACAGAAUUGCAGCACAGCGAUGUCGUAAGAGAAAACUUGACUGCAUACAAAACCUGGAAUCUGAAAUUGAAAAACUGCAAAAUGAGAAGGAGAAAUUGCUGAAGGAAAGAAAUCACAUUUUGUCAACUCUGGGCGAGACGAAGCAGAAUCUGACAGGACUUUGCCAGCAGGUGUGUAAGGAAGCAGCCUUGAGUCAUGAGCAAAUACAAAUCCUUGCGAAAUACUCUUCCUCAGAUUGCCCGCUUUCGUUUUUAUUCCCGGAGAGAGAACGAACAGCCCCACCUGACAGUGAGCCUCCAGUACCAGCAUGUAUGGAAUUAGCAGAUGGUCUUUCAGGUGUUACAUCUACAAAUGAGCAGAGUUCUUGUUAUCAGUGUGUGAAAAGUGUCUGUGAUACAACAUACAAUCAAGUACAAGAACUGCAUCCAGUUCCUGUAAGGACCUUAGAGAAAACGUCACUGGUGGAGCAGUGUGGGCAGAGCAGUGGUAUCACAGACUUCUGUCAGCAAAUGACUGACAAAUGCACUACAGAUGAGUGAUCCUAUUCUCUUCCUAUUGCCGGCUUCAACGUUGCAAGUAAAAGUGAGAUUGAGCAUUAUUGUAACUUACCAAGUGAAAGACAGGAUGAAACUUUCUUUGUGAAACUACAUUGACAAUUACGUUGUCACUAUAUCGCUUGUCAAGCUUUGGGUUUAUUCUGUGUAGUUCUAGAGUGUAAUUUGUACAUGUCAGCCUUGGAGCUUUUUCUGUUGUGGUGAUGCUAUGGAGAGUUCAGGAAAGUUGUUGGAAAGUAUAAACUCUGUGCACAGAUGUUUUUGUGAGGAAGCUUUCAUUCAGGUAUAGACCAGCCUUCACUCUGACUUAUGCCAUGGUAUCUAAUGCCACUCUACAUCUCAAGGAAAGCCUAACGUAUGUUUAUGCACAGUGACUUCUAUACCUGGAAUUCUUAACUCUUAAGACAUUUUUUCCUGGUAGACAAACCCUAAGAAAGCAUAUACAACUCUGUAAAUGUUGUUGGGGUGUUUAUUUGGUAGAUGAGUUAGGGUAACGUGACAGUAUGAGGAGAUCCUGGGAAGUGUGCUCUGGAACAGCUCAUUGCUUCCUGCUGUUUCCAUCCCUGAACCAGAGCCAGCUUUUAUUGAAUAGAAGCCUUUAUCUUAGCUCUCCAGUAUGCAGUUAAAACAACUGGACGAGUGGAGGUGCUGCAGCAUACUGCUCUCUUCUAUAAAUUUAGUGGGAGGAACAGCAAC